AUGGUAGAUUGGGAUGAUGGCAAGACAUGUCGCCCUGUCUUUCCUUUGGAUAUUCAUGUUGCAGCACCUGCAAUGCAGAUUUCCGAGUCCCAGCACCUCUUGCGCACCACGCAGCAUACCCUUGACGAUCUCAAUGAAUUCGCCGCUCACCAUUUGCGGCUCAAAUUGGCAAACGACACCAGCGCAAUCCCUUCCAACGGCGAAGAGCGUAUUGGAGGCUUUGAUCAAGUCGGAGAAAGUGCGGAUAUUGCCUUGACCGUUCGCGUGCUCCCCCAAGAUGAUUUGGCCGCCCCUCGGUCAGAACUCCAUGCAGACACAACACAGCUGGAUGUAUUCUACCCACCAAACCAGGUCCCCCUUCCCUCGUCCUCCAACCCGCCUCUGUCAGCGUUCAUUGCGCAGGAGUUACAAGGACUGUAUAGCGAGGAGAAGGCCACUAUUGCCCACAUCCUCUCGGGUGGGACAGCUGGUUUUGAUUCGGAGAGCAUCAGCCGGCGACUCCGUCGAUCCAUGAAAUACGCCGACACAUACCACUUGUCAUUCUCGCUGUUCACUCCUGGCUCCGUGCCAUCUUCUUGGGAUAUUGAGGCUGCUGUCAAGGAGUACCUUUCCCCUCUUCUACAUGCAUUUGCUCCCAUCAGCAACUUUACGAUUGAUACACAGGUCCAGCUCUAUGCAACAUUUUCACCGAUGGCACCUCCACCGGUCUAUGAUGAGACUGAGUCAGCUUGGACACUGAAGAAAGAGGAUUUGAGCGCAUUUAUCAAUGCUGCUGAGUGGCCUCUCAACCCCAGCAUUGGCAGCGGUCCCACCCUCAACUUCAUUCUUUAUGUUCCAGCCCCGUCUCAAUCCCCACUUAUCGUGAAGGAGAACCGUGCUUCGAGCUGGAUCGUGCCGCAGUGGGGUGGUGUAUUCCUUCUCAACCCAACACUCUCCGCAGACUCAAGCGGCCUGUCAAACCCAACACACCUAACGCAGGAUUCUUUGCGGCCUGCGUUCAUGACUUUCUCUCACCAACUCCUGACUCUCUUGGGCACUCCAACUACCCCUUCAUCUCUACCACUCCGUCUUCAAACCCUCAUUCGUGUCCGAGCAGCUACUCUCCUUCUCUCCGCUUCAUCUACCAUGGGAUCUCUAGCUCGUCUCACGGAGUCUCUUCCCUCCAUCCCUAUUCCGGCUACUGUCGCUUCCUCGGUCUCCACUACCCUGUCCCAUCUCUCUGCUACUUGCUCUUACCUUCGGGACGGCCGUUUUGCUGCCGCUCUUGCUAGCGCACGAGUAGCUGAGACCGAAGCAGAGCGUAGCUUUUUUGAGAAGAGUAUGGUUGGUCAGGUCUAUUUCCCAGAUGAGCACAAGAUUGCAGUAUACUUGCCUCUCUUGGGUCCCAUUGGUGUGCCUUUGGUCGUUGGAUUAUUGAAGGAGCUGAAGCGAAUCAUCGCGGGAUGGAAAGCCAGAAAGGCUGCGGCAAAUUAA